GGCUUGCUGAAGGUCGCGAGUUCCAAUGACUUGCCCACUCCACUGCUGCACCUAGUCCCUUCAACGCUAGCCUCCUUGGGCAAGGCGCUGGUUACUCGCUACGCCAAGGACAGUGCUUGCACAGAUCCGUGCAUAGUACAAACAGUACAAAGUACACGGCUCACCUGCUCUGCUCCCUUUCCUGGCUUGGUUACGUUACUGGUAUAAAUUGUCCGGCGGUGGCUUGCGCAUGUUGAUCCAUUCCAAGAUGUGAUUGAGGCGGGAAAAUAAUGACCGGGACGACUCCAAUGUUUUUAUUAUCUCGGUAUUCCUUCUCAAGUCUUCAACCUAGACUGUGAAUCAUUUGCGGUAAAGGAAUGAAUUGCUGACGUGUUCUUCAAAUAUCACAAUGCCUGGGCUAAAGAUUUCUGAGUGGCGAAAGCUGCCCCUGAGCCUUACAGAAUUGUGCAUUGAUACGACAUUGCGUUGUGGCCAGUCAUUCCGAUGGAGAAAGAUCAACGAUGAAUGGCACUUGACGCUUCAUGGCCGCAUACUGUCUUUGAGGCAGGACGACACACACCUGCACUACAAAGCAACAUGGCCUGCCGCAGCAUCACCACGCAUAUCACCGGAGCCCAUCAAAGAGGAGUUCUCACAAGGAGGAGGCGCCGCCGAUGAUACAGAGGACCUCAUAAGGCACUACUUCAGCCUCAAGCACAACGCAGCCGCCCUGUACGAGCAGUGGUCGGCAAACGACCCCAACUUCCGCAGGAAGGCGCCCAAGUUCACCGGCAUCAGGAUCCUCAGCCAGGACGCAUGGGAGGCGCUCAUUGGCUUCAUCUGCAGCAGCAACAACAACAUCUCGCGGAUCUCGCAGAUGGUGCAUAAGCUGUGCAGCCAUUACGGCCCGCUCAUCGGCCACGUCGGGGACGAAGCCUUCCACGACUUUCCCGCGCCGGAGGCCCUCACCGGCACAAAGGUCGAGGCGCAUCUCAGGGAGCUUGGCUUCGGGUAUCGAGCCAAGUACAUCGCCGAGACGGCCCGCAUCGUCUCGGAGGAGAAGCCCCGGGAAUGGCUGGAGAGCUUGACGAACCCCGAGAAUCCUGGCUGGGACGCCGAGAAGCACGGCGCCAAGGUCCCCCGCGUCUCCUACAAGGAAGCCCACGAACAGCUACUGUCGCUCUCCGGCGUGGGGCCCAAGGUUGCCGACUGUGUGUGUCUCAUGGGACUGGGAUGGGGUGAAGCCGUACCGGUCGACACACAUGUUUGGCAGAUCGCUCAACGUGACUACAAGUUUGGCAAGGCCAAGACAAAGACUUUUUCAAAGGUCAUGUACGACUCAGUUGGCGACCAUUUCAGGAAGAUCUGGGGAGAUCAAGCGGGCUGGGCACAGUCGGUUCUGUUCACUGCAAACCUCAAGUCGUUCUCAGACCGGACGACGACAAAGCCUGUGACAGAUAAGGAAAACGUCAAAAUCGAAGUUGAGGACAAGAUCGUGGUUGAAGAACCGGCGCCAAAGGCGAAAAGGAAACGUGUGUCAAUGACUGCUACCAUAAAGCUCGAGGAGGAGGCGCCGGCCGAAGAAGCCAUCAUUGAUAACGGUAAGAGAAGGAGGACACGAUCCUCCGUGUUAGUGCAGAAUAAGCUGUAGCACUGGAAAGAUAUCUCAGAUACGAUUGUAGAACUCGACA